UUGGUGAUUUCCAUUUCUUCUCAUCUCUAUCCUGGAACUGCUUCUAUUUCCAGUUUGAACGACAAGUUAACAUCAUUUCAAUCUCUUUACCAAAGAGGAAGGAAUUUCUGUAUUGGAUGAAUGUAGUCAGAGCUCGUAAAAUGUUCAUUCUCUUACUAUUUGUUUAUUGAAGAAUAAGAAGGUAAAAACCACAUCUUUGUAUUCAGAAAUGUCAUCUCCUUUACUCUAUGUAUCUGCUGCUCCAACCCACCAAUCCAUCCCCACUACAACCCUUUCUCGGGAUUCAUGGACCCAAUCUCUCAGAGCCGAUAUCCAGUCCAACCAGUUCCAUCAAGCCAUUUCAACUUACGUAAACAUGACUGCCUCCGGCGUCCCACCUGAUCACUUUGCUUUCCCCGCUAUCCUCAAGGCCGUUGCGGCUCUUCAAAACGUGGCCUUGGCAAAGCAGGUUCACGCUCACGUUCUUAAAUUCGGAUACGGAGCGUCCUCCGUCCCUGUCGCCAAUUCCCUGCUCAAUGCCUAUGGUAAAUGUGGGGACAUUUGGGAUGUCUACAAGGUGUUUGAUAGAAUUACCCAGAGAGAUACCGUUUCUUGGAACUCCUUCAUCUCUGCGUUGUGUCGGGUUGACGACUGGGAGACUGCAUUAGAAGCAUUCAGGUUAAUGCUGUUGGAUAACGUGGAGCCUAGCUCGUUUACGUUGGUCAGCAUUGCACAUGCUUGUUCAAAUUUGCCCAGGCAUCAUGGGUUACGUCUAGGAAAGCAGCUUCAUGGAUUCAGCUUGAGAAUGGACGAUAUCAAGACAUUUACUAAUAACGCAUUGAUGGCUAUGUACUCGAAACUAGGACACCUCGAUGACGCCAAGUUGUUAUUCGUGUUGUUCGAGGAUCGUGACUUAGUAACUUGGAACACCAUGUUGAGCUCCUUAUCCCAAAGUGAUAUGUUUGUAGAAGCACUACUGAUGUUACGCGGCAUGGUAGUUCAAGGUAUCGAACCUGAUGGUGUCACAAUUGCAAGUGUGCUUCCUGCUUGCUCACACUUGGAGCUCUUGGAAAUCGGGAAACAGCUUCAUGCGUAUGCCUUGAGACAUUAUAUUCUGAUCAACAAUUCUUUUGUUGCUAGUGCUUUGGUUGAUAUGUACUGCAAUUGCAGAAAAGUUCAAAGUGGUCGUCGAGUUUUUAACUCCGCCAUGGAGAAAUCAAUCGCUCUUUGGAAUGCUAUGAUCACUGGGUAUGCACAAAACGAGCAUGAUGAGGAAGCCUUGACGCUUUUCAUUGAAAUGGAAGCAGCUGCGGGUCUCUGUCCCAAUGCUACCACAAUGGCCAGCAUUGUGCCUGCAUGUGUGCGCAGUGAGGCAUUUGUUCACAAACUUGGAAUUCAUGGAUAUGUUCUAAAGAGAGGUUUGGGAACCGAUCACUAUGUGCAAAAUGCACUUAUGGAUUUGUACUCUAGAAUGGGGAAGAUAAAAAUUUCAAAGGCUAUAUUUGACAGCAUGGAUGUUCGAGAUAUAGUGUCUUGGAAUACAAUGAUAGCCGGUUAUGUUUUUUGUGGGCAACAUGAUAGUGCACUUCUUCUGCUGCAUGAAAUGCAAAGAGUUGAACAAGAGAAGAAUGGAAGUUCUUAUGAGUAUGAGAAAAGAAUUCUUCUUAAACCUAAUUCCAUAACUCUUAUGACAGUCCUUCCUGGUUGUGCCACCCUGGUCGCAUUAGAAAAGGGAAAAGAGAUCCAUGCUUAUGCAGUAAGAAACAUUUUGGCAUCAGAUGUCGGGGUCGGAAGUGCAUUGGUUGACAUGUACGCAAAAUGUGGCUGCUUGAACAUAUCUAGAGAAGUGUUUGAUAUUAUUCCCUCUCGAAAUGUAAUUACCUGGAAUGUCAUGAUCAUGGCCUAUGGCAUGCAUGGCAAGGGAGAAGAAGCCUUGGAGUUGUUCAACCGUAUGGUCAAGGAAGUCAAGCCUAAUAACGUAACUUUUAUCGCUGUAUUUGCAGCAUGUAGUCACUCAGGGAUGGUAACCGAAGGCUUAAACUUGUUUUAUAAGAUGAAGGGUGAGCAUGGGGUCAAACCUACACCGGAUCACUAUGCUUGCAUUGUGGAUAUGCUUGGUCGAGCAGGUCAAGUUGAGGAAGCAUAUCAAUUGAUCAAUGACAUGCCUUCUGAAUUGGACAAGACUAGCGCUUGGAGCAGUUUGCUUGGAUCCUGUCGGAUCCACCAAAAAGUCGAAAUCGGGGAAAUUGCAGCUAGGAAUCUCUUCCGCCUAGAACCCGAUGUGGCAAGCCACUAUGUUUUACUCUCCAAUAUAUACUCAUCUGCUCAACUAUGGGGCAAGGCAACGGAGAUUCGGAAAAAGAUGAAAGAAAUGGGUGUAAGGAAAGAACCAGGGUGUAGCUGGAUUGAGUUAGAUGACGAGGUUCAUAAGUUUAUAGCCGGUGACGCAUCACACCCACAAAGCGGACAACUAUAUGGAUUUCUCGAAACCCUCUCAGAAAAGAUGAGAAAGGAAGGGUAUAUGCCUGAUACUUCUUGUGUACUACAUAAUGUUGAUGAGGAGGAGAAAGAAACUUUGCUUUGUGGGCAUAGUGAGAAACUGGCAAUAGCUUUUGGCAUUCUCAACACCCCUCCAGGUACCACCAUUAGAGUUGCAAAGAACCUUAGAGUGUGUAACGAUUGCCAUGAGGCUGCUAAAUAUAUCUCAAUUAUAACAAAUAGGGAAAUUAUACUAAGAGAUGUGAGGAGAUUCCAUCAAUUUAGGAACGGAAGAUGUUCAUGUGGGGAUUAUUGGUGAAAAUGAAGAGAAAUAUUUCUCUGAGGCUGUACACUAUCUACAAAUAUACCUUUUCUGACAUAUUUUGUCCAUUCAAAGGCUCUCAGGUUUU